AUGGAAAACCAGAACCGAAGUUGGAUGUAUGAUAGAACAUAUGAUCAGAGGCGGGGUCUUAAACCCAGUUUUAUUAAAGGGGUAAAUGAAUUUGUGGAUGUGUGUACUAGAACUCAUGAAUUUUUCAGAGGAGGUUUAGUUAGGUGUCCAUGUGCCAGAUGUCAAUGUGGGACGUUUAAACAGUUGAUCGACAUUAAGAUUGAUCUAUAUACUCAUGGGUUUAAACCUAAUUAUUGGGUUUGGACAGAGCAUGGAGAAGAGAUACCCACAGAGAAUCAGAUUAGGAUAGAAGAAGAUAUUGAAAGUAGCUCUGAAUUAGGUGGUGUUACAUGGAAAGAAAAUUUUGAUCGUUAUCAUGAGAUGGUUGUUGAUGCUUUGCAACCUGAGUUUCACAUGUACAUGCAACCAACAGUGGAGGAACCAAAUCGAGAUGCCAAGAGAUUUUAUGACCUCUUAGAUUCAGUUAGUAAACCCUUGUGGAAAAAUUGUAUCCAUUCACAAUUGUCACUUGCUAGUAGGAUGCUGAGUAUAAAAUCAGAGGGAAACCAAUCUCAGGGAUCUUUUGACCAGUGGGCAACUUUGUUUAGAGAAAUGCAAACAACUCCAAAUGAAAUUCCUGCUAAUUACUAUGAAGCUAAGAAAAUUGUUUCCCAACUUGGGUUUAAGGAGGUUAAGAUAGAUUGUUGUAUCAAUGGUUGUAUGAUAUAUUACAAAGAGGACAAAGAUCUUAGACAAUGUAAAUUUUGUGGGGAGCAGAGAUUUAAGCCUAGGAAGGGAAAAAAUAAAGAGGUGCCAUAUAAAAGAAUGCAUUAUUUGCCAUUGAUUUCAAGGCUACAAAGGUUGUAUGCAUCAAUGAGUACUGCCCCUCAUAUGUUGUGGCAUCACCAAAAUCACAUAUCAUAA